CCGCAGCAGAUAUAAAUAACUGUGCAUGGAACUAAACCAUCAAAACCUCCUCUCUUCUUCUUUCUUCUUUAUUUUAUUACACCAGUUUUCCGAUGAAGACUUCAUCAUCAUGGCUGCAAUCUCUGGAGGGUAAGCAUCUGCUGAUAACAGGUGGAUCAACUGGGAUUGGGCUUGCCAUUGCAAAAGAGGCUCUCUCUCAAGGAGCAUUCGUUACACCUAUAGCCAGAAGCUCCACUAAAUUGGAGAAAGCAGAACAAAAUCUUGUCAAAAGUGGUGCCACCAAACAUAAAAUAUCCACCAAGGUUGUAGAUGUGGGUGUUUACGAAACUUUGGCAAAGGCAAUAAAGGAGGCUUUUGAAUGGAGGGCGGUUGAUGUGCUGGUGUGCAAUGCAGCUGUGGCAAAAGUUGCACGUCUGGAUGAAGGCAGGAUUGAAGAUCUGCAUGCCAUGAUUCAAACUAACUUGACAGGUGUUGUCAAUACUUUGCAUGUUGGGAUUCCAUUGAUGAAGCAGAGGAGUGCCCAAACACACAUGUCCAUCGUUCUCAUGAAUUCUCUCUCAGGACUGUACCCUCAUUAUGGUACGUCUGUGUAUGGUGCAACCAAACAUGCUCUAAAAGGACUUGGAGAAACUCUCAAGCUUGAAUUGAUGCCUUAUAACAUCCGAGUAAGCGUAGUCUUUCCAGGGUUUGUGGAUACUCCCAUGCUUGAUUCCUGUGGUUUUGAAGAUGACAAAGAUAUCUUGCAUAUUAUUAAGGCCACAUGUUUCUAUAACAGAAGUCAAGCAGACACACCUGAGCAUGUUGCAAAAUUUACAUUAGAAGCAGCAAAGAAUGGAACCUUUCUUGUCACAAGCCAAUUCACUGGUUUUGCAUUCUCGACAUUAUCUCGUGGAUCUAUGCCUGCGGAUUCAUUUGGAAGGGCUUUGCUUGAACUGAUAUUAUAUAUUCCCAUUAAGCUCUUCAGCUUCUUUGCUGCUUGCUAUAUCUACUAUGUUAUAGAACAUAGACGCAAUAAGAAAUGUUAGAAUAUUUUGUUUAGAAGGAACAAUAUGUCCAACAUAUGUCUUUAUUAUUAUAAAAUAAAAUGUUGCUACUUUUAAAAUUAUUCAUAAUUAUAAUUAUGAAAUUUGCAUAUUAUAUAUUUUAGUUUUAUUGGACUUA